CUGGAGUGGCCAUUUUCCUUCCAUUAAGAAAAUGAUAUCGAAAGGUGGAAUCCCAGGUGACUAUUAUCUCGAACUAUCUAAAACGUAUGGUGGAUUAUUCCGGAUAUGCAUGUGGAAUCAGACUUUUGUGGUAAUCACCGAACCUGAACUCAUCAAGGACGUCCUUGUGACAGGAAAUCAUCCAAAAUCAAAAGCAAUCUACUCCAAUUUAACACAAAUGUUUGGUGCCAGAUAUCUCGGGCAAGGACUUGAAAGUGAAAUUGACCAGAAAGAAUGGAUAAUUCAUCGCAUGCAUUUUAAUCACUGGUUUAAGCCUCAUCACUUACGGCAAUUCACCCCCGACUAUAAUGAGUUUGCAGACAGUCUUGUACAGACGCUGGAACAGCAUGCGGACGGGAAAACACAUGUACAUAUGGAGGAGUUGUUUUAUAAAGUUAUACUGCAUCUUCUGUCUAAGGUUGCAUAUAACUUUGACCUGGGAAAACUGGACGGCGAACCUCAUCCUUUUGCGAGCAAUUUGAGAGUUGCUUUAGCUGGCUUUUCAAAGCUAGUUGUCAACCCAUUUUUCAGUAUGAACCCCUUGUCUUGGAAAUACUGUCAACACGUUCGGAGUGCUGUAGCAAAGAUCAGGUCGUAUGCACAGGAUCAGUUAACUGAGAGAAGAAAAGCAAACCUAAGGGGAGACCACGUUCCGGAUGAUCUUCUUCAAUCUAUCUACCACCUGAAAGAAACCAAUCCACAAAUAACAGAGGAAGUUUUGUUGGACCAAAUCAUCACAUUCUACACAGGAGGAUCAGAAACUACAGCAAACACCCUUAGUUUUAUGGUAUCCUUAUUGUCUCGGAACCCGGAUUGUUACAAAAAACUUCAGAAGGAAAUCGAUGACAAUGUGGCUGCUGUGGCUGUCUUAACACCUGCUGAGCUUGACGACUUACCUUACCUGGAUAUGGUGAUGAAGGAAACACUUCGGAUUUAUCCGAUAGGUUUAGCCACUUACCGGAAAACUCAGCACGACACUAGCAUUGGGGGAAAUCCAAUACCUGAUGGAACUGAGUUACUGGUUAGUUUCUACGCUACAAGCAGAUCUGAGAAGAACUUUACAAAUGCUCUUCAAUUCAUACCGGAACGAUUUGGUCCCAACGCAAAUGAAAGAGUAGGCGUAUAUGCAUCCACCCCAUUUUCUGUGGGCCCUCACUCUUGCAUUGGAAAAAAGAUUGCAGAGAUAGAAACAAAGAUCAUCAUCGCUAAGAUCAUGCAACACUUCGACUUCGAGUUAGUGCCGGGUCAACCAAUGGGCGUUAUUGAUGGCGGGACUCUUCGUAUUGCGGGAGGUUGCAUGUGUUUGCUGCGACCAAGGAAUGAGAAAAACAAUUGAUUCAGAUAAAUCAAAACACAUUGUUAACAUCAUGCAUCGUGUUUUCAGUCCUGAUAUACAUCUAUAUGACUUUAUAACAUAUAUUAUGUUGCUUGUCCUUAUUCAUAUAUCUUGAAUUGUAAAUUAAUAAUAUCGUUUGAGUUAAAAAGGUAUAUAAUAAUAUCGUUUGAGUUAAAAAGGUAUAUUCAAAGACAUCAGUUUGAUCGUCGUAAUACAUUGGAAAUGUACAACCUUAACGAAAUGAUAGUUUUAACUGAAAACAAUCUGGAUAGAGAAUUCUGUUUAUAAUCAGUUUAUAUACUCUUAUCAGCACUUAACUUCAUCAAAUAGGACUACUCAUGAUUUUAAAAGGAUUGAAUGGAACAUUUCAUGUUUCAUCAUAAAGGAGGUUACUUGAGUGCCCUAUAUUUUUAUAAGAGGAAGUGAUUGAAUGUUAUGGUUAAGGAUAUGAUAGUCGUUUAUAAUAUUACUUUUAAGCCUCGUUCGGGAAUCUGGUGAGAUAAUGCCUCUCAUGUAGCAGGUGUGUUAUAUUUAAUCAGAUUGAUAGUACAAAAACUAUAGAAAUGUAAAGAAAAUAUGUAAUCAAUUAAAUGAUCAAACUGCGUUUGAUUUGUGAAUAAACCAAUGGAAAAUAC